CUCACAGAGAAGAGACUACCAAAAGAAGGUCCAGUCAACAUGGUGAAGUUAAGGUCCAGGAAUGUGCUUGAUGGUAUUUUUGAUGUGAUGGAAAAUAAAGUGUUAAAUAGGGGUGAGUUACAAAGAUUAGGGGAAGAAGUGGACCACAUCGUGAAAAGGACUGGAGACCUGGUUUAUGAUCUCAUUGAGAAAAUGCAAAUGGCAGGCAAAAUAUUUAAGGACCAUUUCUUCAACCCCAAGAAACAACUGAGUUUAAGAUCUCAUCUGGAAACUGAGAAUGAUGAAUCUGAGAGCACUGAGUCAUCUUCUUCUUUGACAGAAUCUGAAGAUGAAAGUGAAAAAAGUAGAGAUGAGGAAAAAGUUGAAUCAGCCCAGGCAUUGGCUCUCCCUCCAACAGCUCCUCAGGAAACACAGGCUUCCCAACAUGGGAAGUUAAAACUUUGUCCUCCUGAUCAUUUCCAUACACUGAAGACAACAAAGGCAGAUGAGGUAUAUCCAGUAAUGGAGAAUGAAGUCUGGACAUGCCUGGCCCUCAUCAUCUGCAACAAAGAAUUUGACUGUCUUUCUAAUCGAUAUGGUUCUGAGGUUGACCUUUUGGGAAUGCAAGAUUUGCUUGAAAACCUUGGAUACUCAGUGGUUGUAAAAGAGGAUCUCACAGUUCUGGAAAUGGAAACAGCACUAAGACAGUUUGCUGCCUGCCAAGAUCCCCAAUCCUCAGACAGCAUAUUCCUUGUAUUUAUGUCACAUGGCACCCUGGAUGGAAUCUGUGGGACAGACCCAGAUAUUCUUCGUGAUGAUACCAUCUUCCAAAUUUUCAACAGCUGUAACUGCCAGAGUCUAAAAGAUAAACCCAAGGUCAUCAUUAUGCAGGCCUGCCGAGGCAAAGGUGCUGGGAUUUUUUGGGUGACUGACAUGAGAGAAGCCUCUGCAUAUAGGUAUGACCAGUUCUUGCAGUGUUCCAUCUGGAAUGAUGCCAUUACAAACGGCCAUGUGGAGAAAGACUUCAUUGCUUUCAAAUCUUUGACUCCAUGCAAUGUUUCUUGGAUACUUGACACAAAUGGCUCUCUUUUCAUUUCCCAACUUAUCUACUACUUCAACGAAUAUUCUUGGUGUUACCAGUUGGAGGAGAUUUUUCGAAAGGUUCAACAUACAUUUGAGACCCCAAAUGUACUGACCCAGAUGCCCACGAUUGAAAGACUAUCCAUGACACGAUAUUUCUACCUCUUCCCUGGGAAUUAAAAUCAUGCAAAGCAUCCAGAGCCUAACUGGAUGCUAGCUGACCAAAGAAAAAUUGUUUGCAGAAUUCCAGCCCCAACAUCAUGAAGUAGAAUAUGGAAG